GUAUCCUCUUCGCUCUAGCUUUAGAUUGUCAGAUCAAUGGAAAUUCAGCGCGCUGCCGAGCCACUUUCCCAUCUCUAGCAGCUCCCGCCCGUCUGUCCGUGUGAACCUCGGCGAACCGCAAGUGGACCGAGCGAAACCGGCUCAGUUAAGUGUGAGUGCGAUGCUCUGGAGGGGGGGGAGAGAGUGAGGCUAUGGGCUGCACCUCGGCUAAGCAGGUGUCGGCUGUGCCCAACGAUGAGGAGGGACGGGGCAAGGCCUACAGCAACGGGGACCUCUUCACCGAUGAGUACAGGAUGAAGGCGGUUGAGGAGGUGAAGUACAUGCGUGGAGAGGAGGACCGUGUCAGCGCACGCAACCAGGAGAACCUGGAGAAGAGCUCCACGCAGCAACGAGGCAAACAGCACAAGGAGGGCACAGGAGCUAACUCCAACAAGGCAAACAUUCACACGUCAGAGAGCCAGCAGGAGUUCUUCAGGAUGCUGGAUGAGAAGAUUGAGAAGGGACAAGACUACUGCUCGGAAGAGGAGGAUGUAACAUAGCAGCAAGGCCCCUGACUCUGCUACUGACUGUGUGUAUGUAUGUGUGUGUGUGUGUGUGUGUGUGUGUGUGAGAGAGAGAGAGAGAAAGAGAGAGAUGGAGCAUCAGUGAGUGGGAGGAAAUGGAAACAGUGUUUGUCACAAGUGUGUGAUGUUUGCGUGAUGUUGCGAGGUGUGUGUGUGUGUGUGUAUGUUUGUGUUCGACGGAGACAUAUUAUCCUCACAGACUGUUGCCCCUUAUACCCCCCACCCCAACCUCGCCUUUUCUCGAACUCAAACUGCCCCUUUCUCACGCUACGGAUGGGAAAGAACGCUCAAUGAAGUGAUCGCUUGAAGAAUGGAUUGACAGAUGGAUGAGUGGAUGGACAGACUCACUGUGGAGAAGUGAGAGGAAAAACUCCACCCCCACCACACCUGACCACUCCACCCCCCCACCCCACUGGCCCGUCGCCCUCCGCCCCUCCUCCACCUCUGGGUACCUCACCAGCGGGAGGAGACGACUCCAUCCGAGAAAAGGAUGCAACCGGACGAAAAGAAACGACAACAAACAGCCCCCUCCUUCCUGUCUGAGUGCAACUGUCAUAAAGCUGAGAGACGGCGGGAGCGUGGAAGUGGAGGAGAAGGAGACUUCUGGACUGAUACAGACAGGGUGGAGAAGAGGGGUGGCGGGUGAUGGUGGGUUGAUGCUUGUGGGGGGUGGGGGGUGCAGAGAAUCAGAUAUUUUAAUAAGAGAGUAAUGUUGAGAGGGAGAUAGAGCAAGAGAGAGAGAGAGAGAGAGAGAGAAAAAAAAAGAAAGAAAGAGUGGGUUUAUUUUGUGGCCCUGGACUCCUGCCUUUGUUUUUUGAAGGAUUUUUAAGUUUUAGUUCUCUCUCUUUUUUGUUUUGUUCCGUCUGUUUUUUUUUUUCAUUGUCUUUUGCAUCUGGAUGUGUUUAUUUGUCUGUUUAUUUGUUUGGCUUCUGUCAUAGUGCAGCGCCCUCCUUAGACCAAGGCUGUAAAGGUCACGACUCCCAACCCCUCAGGGUGAGAGUCAAGCACAACACUAAAUUUAACACACACACACACACACACACACACACACACACACACACACACACACACACACACACACACACACACAGACACGUGUAUACAUACACACACACUCACACACACACACACACACACACACAUACACUAGGCUAUAGCUUCUCCACAGUGCCAUUUAGCAGAGUGUUAUGUAAGUAUGUCCUUGUGAGCAAAAGGUGAGUGAUUAAGUGCAUGUGUGUGUGUGUGUGUGUGUGUGUGUGUAUGCGCGUGUGUGAGCUAGAGGGAGGUGUGUGUGUGUGUGUGUGUGUGUGUUAAUGUGUGUGGUAUGAGUGUACAAUACACAGUAUGUUCACAUGUGUGUGGGUGUGUGUGUGUGUGUAUGAGAGAGAGAGAGAGAGGGAGUGUGUGUGUGUGUGUGUGUGUGUGUGUACUUGUGGUGAACCAAGAACAGGGCCUCUGCACCUGCUCACAUGGUCAUUACUCAUCUGUCUGAACUCUUCGGUCUUACCCUAUGGAUCUCACAUUUGUGUACACAUUUACACACACACACACACACACACACACACACAUUCUCACUUCAAACUGCGGUCUGCUGAGAGGUGAAGUUGCCAGGGAGAUACUGACUGUGCUUAUGUCGUCAUGAUUACCGGAUUCUUCCUCCUUUUUAAACUUUUCAGUGCUUUUUAUUUUCAGUGCCCUUUUCGGUUUUUCUAUUAAAAAAUAA